GAUGGAAAGUAAUAAAAAGAGGGACAGCGGCCAUUGUAUCGAGCAUCACACCGCCUUGUAUCCGUACCUCAGUAUCGAACAUCACGUGGGAGGGGGUUACGUCAGUCCAUUGGGCAGGGCGAAAUGGAAAUAAGUCAACCUUGCAGCUGGUUGUGUCGCCUUUGUGAUAGGAUACCGUCAUCCACUGCCACAGUAGCUCAGCUUUCCGCCCUCCAUCCUCGACUCCUGCGCCACGACAGAAGACCCCAAGAAAAUGCCAGCGCAAGGCAGCGAAGGAAGCUUCGCCGGCGUCUCGGCAUGGCUGUCGCAAGACCCGGAUUCAGAGACGUUUAUAUUUAGGAAGUUCAAUGACUUGAGCGCACGCAACAUACUAUAUCUGCAGUGCGAGCUGCUGGAGCUCGAGGAAAAGCUCAAGCGUAUCGACGAAAAAGUAUGGCCGAACGGCUCAAUCGAGCUGAAGGACGCCGCGAGGACGUGGGAGGAGCUUUUGGAUCAGGCUAAACGCCCAAACUCGAUGGCCAGUGAGAUGAUGACCGCGGUGACCGAGGUGAGGGAGAAGCUGAAAGAGUAUCACGAGGCUUUGGUCCUGCAAAAACAGAUCGCCGCCAUGCAUCGUCCCAGGAACGGGGCCCUGGAAGCAACGCGAUACUGGCUGGAUGGCGGCUUGGUGCCACGUGCAGGGAAGAAGCCGAAGCCGAAGUUGGGCGGCAAAGCGAAGGGCUAUCUCGACGACGGGGAUGAUUUGGUGUCGUUGAAAGCGCCCGUUGAGCGAGACUACCUCUCAGAAGCGGUCCGUACUUACUGGCCAGGCAGGCACGACUCGCCGAGCGAAGGGCGCUAUGGCAUACGUCGACACGAGGAACAGUCGGUCACGAUGGCGGUAGGUAUCAUCAGCACGAUCCUCGCGGCGAUCUUGCUCAUCGGAGCCAUCGUGGGCUUCUCCUACGUGACGGCCUGGGGCGCGAAGCUUGGAAUGAUAUGCGCCUUCACCACCGUGUUUGCGUUGAGUGUGGGCAUAAUGACAAGCGCGAAGCGAGCGGAGAUCUUUGCGGCGACAGCGGCGUAUGCUGCCGUCCUGGUCGUGUUCGUCAGCAACGGGGAUUUGUCGGGGAGUCAGUGCUGCCCGACGCCGGGGCAGUAGCAGCAGAUCAGCAAUAGCGCUCGGCUCCGAGAUGAUUUGGCGUAAUCUUCCGGAUCACCGAUGGGAUGAACGCCACUCGGCCGAGAACCCAAGCUUUGGGUGGCAUUCCUUCAGAACAGCGGAAGACGAUAAAAACGUUUGGGGCAAGAGGGGAUGAAGUCUCUGCAAUCCUGGCAAGAUGGGAUUCACAACCUAAUCAGACCGCCAAAACCGCGCUGACAAGUCCUCCACGGCGAUCGAGAAUGGUGGGCCAUCUGAGAAGAGACAUAGUAGACGAAAUGGGCGAGGCAUUUGCCGGAUUCCGCAACCGCCUCCUUCAAGCAAGCAUCCUUGGAGAUGAAGCUUUGGCGUCGGCCCUCCAGGAAGAUGUCGUGAAAAGGUUUAGUUAACGGGUCCCGAGAGGGGCAAGGUCCACAACGGGCCCCCGGUCAGACCGGCCGGAAUGAACGGGUAUCGAUGGAUCACAA